CCACGACCCUCCUUACCGAAACGACCUUUAUUAAGUCUUUUCCAGACACAUCUACCUAUUCCAUUUAUAUUUGUGGGUGUGAGUGUGGGUGUGGGUGUGGGGAGAGUAAGACAAUAUUAAAAGUCGGAAGAAUGAGUGAAAAUAAGAGAAAACAACACUUUGUGCUAGUACAUGGUUCGUGCCACGGCGCAUGGUGCUGGUACAAGGUUAAGCCGCUGCUCGAGGCGGCCGGCCACCAAGUAACCGCCUUAAACUUAGCUGCCUCCGGAAUAGACACAAGGUCGAUCACUGACAUCUCCACAUGUGAACAAUAUUCUGAGCCGUUACUGAAUCUCCUAAAGUCAUUACCAGAUGAUGAGAAAGUUGUGCUCGUUGGUCAUAGCUUUGGAGGCUUGAGUUUAGCCAUCGCUAUGGAUAAGUUUCCCGACAAGAUCUCUGUCUCUGUCUUCUUGAGUGCUUUCAUGCCCGAUACUAAACACUCACCAUCCUUCGUCUUGGAGAAGUUUGGAAGCAGCAUGGCACACGAAGCAUGGAUGGGCACCGAGUUCAAACCAUACGGCUCCGACAACUCUGGGCUGAGUAUGUUCUUCAGCUUUGAGUUCAUGAAGCUCGGUCUGUAUCAGCUCUCUCCAGUUGAGGAUCUUGAAUUGGGAUUGCUUUUAAAGAGACCUGGAUCUUUGUUUGUGAGCAACUUAUCGAAGAUGAAAAACUUCUCAGAUGAAGGGUAUGGUAAUGUUCCUCGAGCUUACAUAGUAUGCAAAGAGGACAAAGGCAUACCUGAAGCAUUCCAAAGAUGGCUGAUUGAUAACUUUCCAGUGAAUAUAGUGAUGGAGAUCGACGAGACAGAUCACAUGCCAAUGUUCUGCAAGCCUCAGCAACUCUGUGAUCACUUCAUGGAAAUCGCAGACAAAUUUGUUUAAAUAAUCUUUCAUGAAAAUGUAUUGGAUUUGAUACAAAUAAGGGUUUGUUGCAAAUGAAUAAUAAUGUAUCUUUUUCAAAUUUCAGAGUUUGUUUUAUGUUAUGAAUUCCACCAAAA